UCUGGUGUGACGUCAUGCGCGGCCAGUCAGUCACCAACACUGGCCGGCGCCGACGGGUUCACCGUACUCUCUCUCUCGCUAUUUAUACACAUUGGAAAUGGAGUGAAUUUCUUGCGGGGUCUACCCGCUGUGUACAAAAACUUCGUGUGUGCGGUCACACGCAGGAUGAGUGCAAUCACAGUGCCGGAUGCUUCGUGUGUAUCCAAGUGGAUGUAAUGAGUGUAAGAGAAACUAGUGUACAGAAUGAGACCACCACUUCAGCCCAUAAUGUGACAGAAAUUUCUCAGGCUGUUGCUGGGGGUAUUGCCCCCAGCAACAGCAGCAGCAACAGCAGCAGUAGCAGCAACAGUGGAGGAGGAGGAGGUAUAGAGUGCCAGUUAGUGCAACAGCUAAUGAGUCCUGUGAAGACUGGCAGCAUGGGGUGUAGUGACGGAGAGCUAGUGAGGCUCACUGAUGCCCACACACUUCACUCCUACACACCACACACCUCUCCUGUGCCUUCUGUGCAUGGAACUCCUGUACUUGCUGAAGCCACUCCUAACACCUCUCCCUCAUCCUCUCCCAGGAGACCACCACCUGUUUCGUUGCAGCCUCCUGCCAAACGUAUUAAGGUUGAAGAGAAGCCCUCAGAUCUACUUGAAUUAAGGAGAGUAAUUACUGACUGGAAGAAAGCCAAAUUGGAAAGUGUAAAGGAAAAAUACAAUGAUCAUUUGGUUGAACUUUUCUUUUUAGAAAGAGAUGGUAAUAUGAUGGACUAUCAGUCUUGGAGUAGACGUCCUACUCGAGAAUUCCUUCAGUUUGUUCGCCAACACAAACUUGAAGGGGAUGAAUCGUUAGAGACCAAGUUCACUGUUCCCAACCCUUUACACUUAACCUCAGGUGUUCAAAUAAAAACUGAAAAUCCCUCAGGAUCUCAGUCACCUUUGAAAGGUGCCUUGGGUGCUAAUAUCAGGACCUCCUCAUCUCCUGUUAAACCUGGGAAAGGCUUGGCAAGCCCAGCAAUAGGAGGGCGCCAGAAAAUGCCCUCUGCAAGUGAGAAUAUUCAGGUAACAACACAGCAGGACCAAAUGUUGGAAAAGGCUAGGCAGGAAGCCUAUGUCAUGCAACGAAUUGCUUCACUAAGAAAGGAGGGAUUGUGGGCGGAAAAAAGGUUACCAAAAGUGCAAGAGCCCCCUAGAACAAAGGCUCACUGGGACUACUUGUUAGAGGAGAUGGUGUGGCUUAGUGCAGAUUUUGCUCAAGAACGAAAAUGGAAGAAAGCAGCUGCUAAGAAAUGUGCGCGUAUGGUUCAGAAAUAUUUUCAGGACAAAGCUUUACAAGCACAAAAGGCAGAAAAAGAACAAGAAAUGAGAACUAGGAAAAUAGCUGCAUUUGUUGCUAAAGAAAUUAGAACAUUUUGGGGCAAUGUAGAAAAGUUAGUCGAAUACAAAGUAACAACAAAGCUAGAUGAGAAAAAGAAGAAAGCUCUUGACCAACAGUUAAGUUUCAUUGUGGAUCAGACAGAAAAGUACUCAUCUUGGUUAGCUGAAAGUAUGAACAAACCAGUAGAUUCUGCUGCAGCAUCAACACGUUCCAAUACUCCUUCACGUGACAGCCGCAUGUCGGAUGGAUGAAAAUGAGCUUUCUGUAGAAGAGCUGAGAAAAAAAUAUGCAGAAUUAGCUGCUAAUUCUGAGCCAAUGGAAGAAGAAUCUGAAGAUGGUGGUAGUGAUGAUGGUGAUGAUGAUGAGGUUGAUGUCAAUGAGGAU